UACAGCGCGUAAGUUCAAUUAAACGCAAACCAUCAUCAUAGAAUGCAGGAAUUCUCAUUUAUUUGUUCCAAACACAAGCCGCAAAGCAGGAAAUUGUCUUUGAAUUAAAUAUUCGAGUCUAUACAUAAAAACACGACACGCAGUUUCAUUCUGUACUACUGGGCGGUUUAACAACAUCCAACAUUUGAGACAUUGAGCAUGAGAUUUUCGGAAGGCACAUCGUAUAUCUGGGCAGAGACAACGUUGUUCAUGUGACACGACUAUCAAGGUAGCUGCAGCAGGCUGGCAAUAAUUGUCCACAAAGCAAUCAUUACCUUGGGCCGGUUUGUUGUGCGGACCACUGACACUGGGAGGCGCGGUCUGCUUUGUGUCUGAGACGUCCCGGCGCCGACCCGCCCCCGCCUCACGGUGAUUGGACCGUGCGAUCAGAGGGCGGUGCCAGGCACCCGCCCUGCUCGCUGCGACUGGCUGGGGUGGCUGUCAAUCACCCGGGGGAGGCGGGCUCUGCAUCUGGGACUUGGUUCUGGCGAGAAUUAAUUGUCCCCGGGACCUGCGCUCGCUCGCUCGCUGCCUCGACCGCUGCUUCAUUCCUUCCUCACUCCCUCCCUCCCUCCCUCCACGCCGCCCAUGUAAAGUAUUGAUUUCAUUUUUUCUUUUCGUUUCACUAAUUUGCAAACGUACUAUUUGCCAACCUUCCACAUGGAGAGGGCGGAUUUGCCGAGGCAGCCGAAGUGAAAGUGCAAGUGUGUCGCUGGAAAUAUGACUGCCGUUCCCACUCACUGAGGGAUUAAUUGUCUGUUGCCAUGACAACCAACCAUCAUACUCGCCUGCCUGAUGUCCUUCCAGACUGCACUAGCUUGGUUCCUUUAGUGAAAUCAGUGGAAGAUUCGGCUGGUGUGGUGAAUGGACAACCACAGUAUGUGAUGCAAGUUUCAGCAAAGGACAGGUUGCUGCUCUCUACGACGGUGGUCAAGACGCUGAACACACACAGCACAUUCAAUGACUGGCCUAUGUGUAGGAUUUGUCAUGAAGGCAGCAAUCAGGAAGACUUGCUCUCCGCAUGUGAAUGUACAGGGACUUUGGGAACUAUUCAUAGGAGCUGCUUGGAACGCUGGCUUUCUUCUUCAAACACCAGUUACUGUGAACUCUGUCACUUCAAGUUCUCAGUGGAACGGAAACCGAGGCCAUUAGUAGAGUGGUUGAGAAAUCCAGGCCCACAACACGAGAAGCGGACAUUGUUUGGUGACAUGGUGUGCUUUCUGUUUAUAACUCCUCUGGCCACAAUCUCGGGGUGGUUGUGUUUACGAGGUGCAGUUGACCAUCUACAUUUCAGCAGCCGCUUAGAAGCUAUUGGACUCAUUGCCUUAACUGUUGCACUUUUUACUAUUUAUCUCUUUUGGACUCUUGUUUCAUUCCGUUACCACUGUCGAUUGUACAAUGAGUGGCGUCGAACCAACCAAAGAGUAAUAUUGCUUAUUCCCAAAUCAUCAGAUGCAUCGUCUACUCAUCAACUGCUUCUUGGUCUACAUUCAUUGAAAAAAAACUCAGAAGAGACAAUAGUGUAAUCUGUCAAUUUUACAAUUCUGUAUUUAAAAUUCUGAUAUUUAACCAAAGAUACAUUUGGUAACCUUUCUUCAGGAUAUAGCCUGACUUCACAAUUUUUUUUUUCAAGCAAAUAAGCCACUAUAUUAUAAUUUUCUUCUCAGAAUUGUGUAAAUGGACAAUAAUUUUGUUUAUGUGAAAUGGAAUGCAAGUGCAGACACAAGUGACUGCAAAUGCAGGCAUCCUGAGCAAAAAACAAUGCUGGAGAAACCCAGCAGGUCAGUCAGCAUCUGUGUGGGGAAUUGCGAAGACAAUGUUUCAGAUUGGGUCCCUUCCGGCUGAUGGAGUAGAGAGAAGUUGGUAGUGAAAUGGUGGGGCAAGAUCUGGCAAGUGAUAAAUGGAUACAGCUACGAAAAGGAUGAGUGGCACAUGAGUCAUUAGGGAGAUAUGUGGUGAUCAAACCUGGAAAUGGAGACAAAAGGGAGCAGAUAGUGGAAUCUAAUAAGGAAGGAAAAUGAGCAGUGAGACAUAAAACCAGAGGUAGGGAUAGUGGGUGGCAGGGAACAGGGUGGGUGAGGAAGAAAAUUGGGGACACAGAGUAGAAGAUCAGCAGAUGGAGGAGGGUGAAGGGUGAUAACCAUAUAACAAUUACAGCACGGAAACAGGCUAUCUCGGCCCUACAAGUCCGUGCCGAACAACUUUUUUUCCCCUUAGUCCCACCUGCCUGCACUCAUACCAUAAGCCUCCAUUCCCUUCUCAUCCAUAUGCCUAUCCAAUUUAUUUGUAAAUGAUACCAAUGAACCUGCCUCCACCAUUUCCACUGGAAGCUCAUUCCA